GGCGCGUGCGCAGCCGCCCCCUGCGGCGGGGGUCUCCCCGAUGACGUCACGCCGCAGCGCGACCAAUCGGCGGCGGGGAGGGGCGGGGCCUGGCGGCGGCGGCGGCGCCGGUCCCGCGGGUGCGGCGCGCUCCCGGUCUCCCGGUCCCGGUCCGGCCAUGGCCCAGCGCGGCGGCCCCGCGGUGCUCCCGGACAACCCCUUCCAGGACCCCGCGGCGCUGCAGGCCCGGCCCGGCGCCGUGCUCGAUGGCUACAACCCCUUCGAGAGCGACGCGCCACCGCCGCCCUUCCAGACCCCUUCGGUAGCGCCGCCGCCCCCGGUACCGGCGGCCGCGCAGCCCCCGCGGAAGGCGAGUCCCACCGAGCCCCGCAACUACGGCUCCUACGGUUCGCAGGCCUCGGCCGCCGCCGCCACGGCGGAGCUGCUGAAGCGGCAGGAGGAGCUCAACCGGAAAGCGGAGGAGCUGGACCGGCGGGAGCGGGAGCUGCAGAACGCGGCCCUCGGCGGUGCCCAGACGAGGCUCAACAACUGGCCCCCGCUGCCGUCCUUCUGCCCGGUGAAGCCCUGCUUCUACCAGGACAUCCCGGUGGAGAUCCCUGCUGACUUCCAGAAGACAGUCACAACCAUGUACUACCUCUGGAUGGCCAGCACCAUCGCUCUGUUCCUGAACUUCCUGUCCUCGCUCGCCUGGUUCUGCGUGGAUCCCUCAUCUGGUUCUGGGUUCGGCCUCUCCAUCCUCUGGGCUCUGCUCUACACGCCCUGCUCCUUCGUCUGCUGGUACCGGCCCAUGUACAAAGCUUUCAGAAGCGACAGUUCCUUCAACUUCUUUGUCUUCUUCUUCGUCUUCUUUGCCCAGAACGUGAUGUAUGUGCUGCAGGCCAUCGGCAUCCCGAACUGGGGAUUCAGUGGCUGGAUCCUGAGCCUGAUAGCCCUGCGGACUAACAAGGCCGUGGCCGUGAUGAUGAUCCUGGUGUCCUUGUCCUUCACGGCAGUGGCUGUGCUGGGGAUCAUUAUGCUGAAAAAGAUCCACUCUCUGUACCGCCGCACGGGUGCCAGCUUCCAGAAGGCCCAGGAGGAGUUUGCAGCCGGGGUCUUCUCCAACCAGGCCGUGCGCACGGCCGCGGCCAACGCCGCCGCGGGCGCGGCCACCAACGCCUUCCGUGCCCCGUAGCCGUGCGGGUGCCCGGCCCUGCCCCUCCCCGGGGCUCCUCCCGAGGAAGAGGAAACCCGAGUGGCACUUUCACUGGAUCCCCGUGCGUCCGCAUCAGCUGUCAGAGGCUGCCUCAUCCCAGCUUGGAAGUGCUGGUGCCUGAAUCGUCUGCUGCUCUCAACCCCCUUUCCUCACGGACAGAGGCCGUUCUGGUUUGUGCUGGUCCCCUCCCCUCAGCAGACUGGGGGGAGCAGGGUGGGGAGUGCUGAGGCCGAGCCCUGAGCCGUCGCCCUCCCUUCCAGCGCCAGCUGCUGGGGGCAGGAGCCUCCUCCAGAUGGCUGGAAUGCUGCUCCCAGGGACUGGAACGGUCACUUGCCUUCCUUGCGCUCUCUGUUUCCCCGCCUGGUGAUGACACUUGUGCUCCCUUGGGGUGUGGAGGGUCCCCUGCUCCCCGUGUGCACAGGGACCCCCAUGCUCUGCCAAGAAUGUCAUCCCCCUCUUCCUGCUGGGGCUCGCUCCAGUGGGAUGAGGAUGGGGCCGGUGCUUUCCCCAGGGUGUCUUGUCCUUUUGUCCUGUCCCUUUCCCCAUCCUCUCCCUCUCUUCGGGCCCAGGGAUGAGGAGAGCAGGGCAGGGACAGGCAGAGCUCGGGCAGCUGCUGCUUGUGGGGAUCCUGCCUUUAGCCCACGUGGACCCCAAAGCCGGGCUGGGUGCCGAGGAGCAGCCCUGGCGUUUACAUGGCACCCCCUUGCCUCCAGGGAGGGCUGAACGGCUCCUCCAGUCCCCCUCCCACCCGCUUGGAGGACUGUGACCCCUUGCUGCCCCCAGCACCCUUCAGCCAAGGCCUUCGGGGGCUGAGCCAGUCCUGGCGCGCAGCCCCUUGUCCCCUUACCUGCCGUCUGUCCCCUGUCCUGGUGUCCCUGGGGAUGCCCGGGACAGGUCUCAUGCGUUCUGCUUCAGUCCAUCUCUCUCGGAUGCUCCCGGUUUGUCCCCGCGGCUCCGGGGCUGGCGAGAGGCUUCGUGCCUUCAGCUCUGGGGGCCGGUGCCCUCCCGGUCCCGCUGCGGCCGGGGCUCCUCCGCUGCUCCCCGUGUGCUGUUCCCCGACCGCUCCCGGUUUAUUUAAAGAAUAAAUGAAGGUUCACUCUC